AUGCGGCAUGUCUUGAUACUUCUGUCAUGUCUGCUAGUGUCGGAUGCCUUGCUGCAGGCAGCUUCUCCCAUGGUCAUGAUGUAUUUCCGUUUGAACGGAGCCGCUCGACUCAUUAGAGCUGUCAGGUUCGUGAGGUACUUGAUGCGCCUGAGGACUGUCCUAAGACGGCUGCAUCUUACUCGCCGAUUUGUUGGAAUGGUGCCUUUACUUUUACUAGGAAGGAAUGGCAGGCGCCACAAUUUCAAAUUUUUGACUUCACAAGAUACUUGUUUGAAAAGAUUGGCUUGUGAAGUUUUCACUAAGCCAGAACCAAAAGGAGCACAGUAUGAUGGGAUCACUAAUGCCGCUCGUCAAGACAACAAUGGGUUCAAGAUCUUUCUCACGUUUGAUGCACCCGAAAGCGAUGACUACUGCAAACAGCGCUUUGCCUCAUGCCCUUUUAGUGCUAUGCAAAUCAUCAAGGCACUAAUACCCAUACCAGGCCUGCAACGGUAGCUGCUGUCUUCUCAUAUUCUAUUGGAUGACUUGGAUCCAGAGAAACGUCACUAUCUAUUCAGAUUUCAGGGUACUUUCUCUGACAAGGACAGCGAAAAGAAUGUUAUGUGAAACCUGAAGAAGUGAAGAGAUCAUAACCAUAAAAGCAAUGUUUAAAGGCCGCCGAUAAAUUUAGAGCACCAGUGAACUUUAUUUUAAAAAGUUGGAAUGCUGGUGAUGAGAGUAAAGUGAUAAAUUAUACUUGUUUGGACAUUA